CCGGCCCGCGGGAGAAGAUGCUGCCCGCCGGCGACCUCGGGCCCGCGCUCAACGUGCUCGUCAGAGGUGAUGUGGACGGCUCAGUAGAAGCCAUUCUGGAUAUUCUGGAGACGUAUGAUGAUGAGAGAGUCAAGCUGGAUCUAGUACACUUCGGGGUCGGUGCCGUCACGCCCAAUGAUGUUGAGAUCGCGGAGGCGUUCAACGCAGUGAUAUACGCAUUCAACGUUGAGUGCCCGCCUGCCGUGGCCGCUGAAGCUAAGACGCUGAACGUGCCUGUGCGGAGACACAACAUUAUCUACCAGCUCGUGGAUGAUGUGAAGAAGGAGAUCAAUGCCAGGAUACCUUCCACGAAGCGAGAAGAAAUUAUCGGAGAAGCCAAGGUUCUGCAGCAGUUCCAAGUGUCAGAAGGCAAGAAGAAGGUUCCCGUGGCGGGGUGUCGCUGUACCAAGGGCAGCUUGAUGAGGAACGCUCAGUACCGAGUGGUGCGGGGGGAGCAAGUUGUGUUCGAAGGUAAACUGGCAUCAAUGAAACACCUCAAAGAGGAAGUGACAACGAUCAAGAACGACACGGAGUGCGGCCUGAGGUUCGAGCCCGGCUUGGAGGUGCAGCCCGGGGACACGGUGCUGUGCUACCGAGAGGUGGACGUGCACGAGGGCACCCGCUGGGACCCGGGCUUCUAGCUGCUGUAGGACUUGGAAUAAAUUAACUAAUUCAAUACUGCCUUGUUAUAUUUAUUAUUGGCGUGAUUUGAUCGGUGUGAACCAAGUUAUCCAGGUUUUUGAAGUGAAAACUUUCUUAGCCGCCUUGGGCACUGGUAGAGGAAAAUCUUAUGGGUUCACGUCACUGACAUGCUCAUAACUGGAGGACCAGAUAAAUAAGUAAUAAAUGUAGUUAGACACUUUUGGAUGGGUGAAAUCGUCACCGUAAUGCUUAUAGGGUAUCUGUAGCUUUACAGCUGACGUAUUGUGCAGCAUUUGUGCUGUGUAUAUCUUUAAGUGAAAUUGAAUGGAUUUAAUGAAAGGUUCAAUGUGCAUAGUUGAAAUAGUAUUUUUGUUUGAUUACUGUGAAAUGUGUUUGAAAAUAAAUUGAAAUUUAUAAUUUAA